UCUUUUGAUGCAAGAACACAUUUUGCUGCCCAGGAUUUCCUUUUCGUCUGAUCUAUGCGCUCUUCUUCCUUUUUCAUUAGCCUCCCAAACUUAUAAAGCUCUCCAUUUUUAUAAUUUCUAUUGGUAAGCCUCCUUCUCUCUGCGUCAGCUUCGCGGGCUUGGGUAUGGCGUUGAAGCUGCCAUUGCCGGGGGGAAUUGGAGGUCUCUCCUUCUUGGAAUCCGGCAAAGGGGCUUUUACAAAACUCAAAGGAAUUCCCUUAAAGAGGAGGGAGAAGACGGCCGGAUGGUCAAAUAGGGCGAGCUGCUCAAUUCAGCAAGGGCCUCCACCCGCUUGGCCUGGUCGCGCUGUUGUUGAAGAAAGCCGAAGGUCAUGGGAAGGUCCUAAGCCUAUAGCCAUCGUCGGAUCCACUGGAUCAAUUGGAACACAGACAUUAGACAUAGUAGCUGAGAAUCCAGAUAAGUUCAGAGUAGUGGCUCUCGCAGCAGGAUCAAAUGUGACUCUUUUGGCUGAUCAGGUGAAAACAUUCAAGCCUCAGCUUGUUGCUGUUAGGAAUGAAUCAUUGUUUAGUGAGUUGAAAGAAGCUCUAGCUGAUGCUGAGCACCAGCCUGAAAUAAUUCCUGGGGAGGAAGGUGUCAUAGAGGUCGCACGGCAUCGAGAUGCAGUCACAGUGGUCACUGGAAUAGUAGGUUGUGCUGGCUUGAAGCCGACGGUAGCUGCGAUAGAGGCCGGAAAAGACAUAGCUCUAGCGAACAAGGAGACCCUCAUUGCCGGAGGACCUUUCGUUCUUCCCCUUGCACAUAAACACAGAGUGAAAAUACUCCCUGCUGAUUCUGAGCAUUCUGCCAUAUUUCAGUGUAUCCAGGGCUUGCCGGAAGGCGCGCUUCGACGCAUAAUUUUGACUGCGUCCGGUGGGGCGUUCAGAGAUUGGCCUGUUGAAAAGCUCAGAGAGGUUAAAGUUGCUGAUGCUUUGAAGCAUCCAAACUGGAAUAUGGGAAAGAAGAUUACUGUAGAUUCUGCUACUCUUUUCAAUAAGGGUCUGGAAGUUAUUGAAGCACACUAUCUUUAUGGGGCUGAAUAUGAUUCAAUUGAGAUAUUAAUCCACCCUCAAUCAAUCAUACACUCAAUGGUUGAGACUCAGGAUUCUUCAGUUCUGGCUCAGUUAGGGUGGCCCGAUAUGCGCCUACCGAUCCUUUAUACGAUGUCGUGGCCAGAUAGAAUCUAUUGCUCAGAGGUUACAUGGCCUCGACUCGAUCUUUGCAAGCUUGGAUCUUUAACAUUUAAAGCGCCGGAUAAUGUGAAAUAUCCAUCAAUGGAUCUUGCUUAUGCCGCUGGCCGAGCUGGAGGAACAAUGACUGGUGUUCUCAGUGCUGCUAAUGAGAAGGCUGUGGAGAUGUUUAUUGAUGAGAAGAUCAGUUAUCUUGAAAUUUUCAAGGUUGUCGAACUCACUUGCGAUGCGCAUCGCAACGAGUUGAUCGAACGACCUUCACUUGAGGAGAUUGUUCAUUAUGAUUUGUGGGCUAGGGAUUAUGCUGCUGGCCUAAAAUUGUCAUCUGGAUUGAGUCCAGUUCCUGCUUAGGCCACCAAAAAAAAAAAAAUUUUCUGCUGCUCAGCAAAUGAGAGUUGAAUAGAUGUUGCAGCAGUUCUAUUACAUGCUUAAGCAUUCAUCA